UCUCCGCCGCGUUCGCCUGCCGUUCGGCUUCUUCACACGUUCCAGGAGCCCUCUGCUUCUGCCUCUCGCCAUGGCGACCCGCCGAUCCGUCGCUGCGUGCCUGUGGAUCUCGGCGAUCCUCCUUAUCUGCCUCGUCGGCGGAGCCCGUUCCUUCUACCUACCUGGUGUUGCUCCGGAAGAUUUUCAAAAGGGAAGUGAGCUGAAGGUGAAAGUAAACAAGCUGACAUCUACACAAACUCAGCUUCCUUAUUCCUAUUAUUCUCUUCCUUACUGUGCACCAGAGAAGAUUGUUGACAACACUGAAAAUCUGGGUGAAGUUCUUCGUGGUGAUAGAAUUGAGAACUCCAUUUAUGUGUUUAAUAUGAGAGAACCACAAAGAUGCAAGGUAGCUUGCAGGAAAGUACUGAAUGCAAAGGAUGCAAAACAGUUCAAGGAAAAAAUAGACGAUGGAUACCGAGUGAACAUGAUUCUCGACAAUCUUCCCUUGGUGUUUCCUCUCAAAAGGCAAGAUCAAGAAUCCACCACCAUAUAUCAACAUGGUUUCCAAGUAGGGUUCAGAGGCCAUUAUGAAGGAACUACUGAAGAAAGGCACUUUAUCCACAAUCACCUUCGUUUUACUGUCAAGUUCCACAAGGAUAUGAGUGCAGAUACUGCAAGAAUAGUUGGUUUUGAGGUCAAGCCAGCAAGUGUUAAGCAUGAGUAUGAAGGUGAAUGGAGUGAACAUGCUACCUUGACAACAUGCAACCCCCAUGCACAACGGUUUGUGACAGAGAAUGAUCCUCCUCAAGAAGUGGAAGACAACAAGGAAAUUAUAUUUACAUAUGAUGUCGAUUUUGAGGAGAGUCCAAUUAAGUGGGCCUCUAGGUGGGACACAUACCUCCUGAUGACUGAUGAUCAAAUUCACUGGUUUUCUAUAGUGAACUCUUUAAUGAUUGUUCUCUUCCUUUCUGGAAUGGUUGCAAUGAUAAUGCUCCGAACGUUGUAUCGUGAUAUUUCCAAGUAUAACCAGCUAGAGACACAGGAAGAAGCUCAGGAGGAAACUGGGUGGAAGUUGGUGCAUGGGGAUGUCUUCAGGCCACCGAACAACUCAGACCUGUUGUGCGUGUAUGCUGGAACCGGAGUACAGUUCUUUGGAAUGAUACUUGUAACGAUGAUCUUUGCCAUGCUUGGAUUCCUCUCUCCAUCCAACAGAGGUGGUCUGAUGACUGCAAUGCUUCUGCUUUGGGCUUUCAUGGGAUUAUUCGCAGGCUACUCUUCUGCCCGUAUGUACAAGAUGUUCAAAGGAACAGAAUGGAAGAAAAUCACCCUUAAGACUGCAUUUAUGUUUCCUGGAGUUGUCUUCAUCAUUUUCUUCAUCUUAAAUGCCCUCAUCUGGGGAGAGAAGUCUUCUGGUGCUGUCCCCUUUGGGACCAUGUUUGCUUUGGUCUUCCUCUGGUUUGGUAUCUCUGUGCCCCUUGUGUUUGUUGGGAGCUAUAUAGGAUUCAAGAAACCUGUCAUUGAGGACCCUGUGAAAACAAACAAGAUUCCAAGGCAGAUUCCUGAACAGGCAUGGUAUAUGAAUCCCCUAUUUUCGAUCUUGAUUGGAGGCAUUCUCCCAUUCGGAGCUGUUUUCAUUGAGCUAUUUUUCAUCCUCACUUCUAUUUGGCUCCACCAGUUCUAUUACAUCUUCGGCUUCCUUUUCAUUGUUUUUCUCAUACUCAUCGUCACCUGUGCGGAGAUCACUAUCGUCCUUUGCUAUUUCCAACUAUGUAGCGAGGACUACCUAUGGUGGUGGAGAUCUUACUUGACUUCUGGAUCUUCAGCUCUAUACCUCUUCCUAUAUGCCACUUUCUACUUCUUCACGAAGCUUGAGAUCACAAAGCCAGUGUCGGGGGUACUGUAUUUCGGGCACAUGCUGAUUGUGUCGUAUGCCUUCUUCGUACUGACAGGCACCAUUGGUUUCUAUGCUUGCUUCUGGUUCACAAGGCUCAUAUAUUCAUCUGUGAAGAUCGACUGAUUUGCAUCGGGGUUGCAGUCUCUCCUUUGAGGAGCAGCAGCAGGCAGCCAGGCACCUUGAUUCUGGUGAUUACGCUUCCACGGCAAGUAAAGCAUCUGUCAUGUCAUGGGUUGUAAGUUUUGAUCUCAUUUUUAUGCAGCUUGCCGUUGGGUUUAUAGGAUGUACGAAUUUCCUUUUACGGAGCCCUUUCAGUGGUGGCCCCAACGAAGGAUUAUUUUUUUUUUCUCCUUUUAAUUGUUAUUGUAGCGAUUGUUUUGAGAAUGAAAUUAUUUCUACGGUUA